UACGUUAACGCCUUACAUUCUUUUAAAAACAGUGCGAUGCGGCUCGACACUGCUGGUCAAAGCUCUACAGGCGAGUGGUGAGAUGCACACAAUUUCUGAAUCCGACGUGCACACCAAUUUCUCACGUUACGCCCUCCAAAAGGAUACAUCUUUGGAUGAGAAGGAAAUGCUCAUGACCGUCAUAAGACACACCAACACCCUUUUCAACUACUCCCUGUUACAGGACGAUCCUUCCAAAACAAUAACCUGUUACAAAUUGCGUGGCCAGGUUCUUCCCAUUGCAGACCUGUUGCAAACCGCAUUGCCAAGAGUGAAGAACAUCUUCCUGUAUCGGGACGUCGUCGGAUAUGUGGACUCUAACCUCCAUCUCAUGGCAGAGGGCCGCUAUUGGAAGUACUGGCUCCAAAUUGCUCUUAAACGUGAUAUCAAGUAUGUUGAGAACAUAGGUGAUAUAGUGUUCCCUGCUCCAUGGGAUGUCCCUGUGUUUACUUCCAUUCCCGUUACCCAUGGUGUCGUCUGGUUCUUUGCCUGUAUUUGGCUCAUGUUUAUGAAAAAAGCAAAUGAGCUGACGAAAGAUGACCCACAUAAAUGUUUCCAUGUGAUACUGAGAUACGACGAGUUAUGUAGAUAUAAGGAGGGCAUGGUUCUGAAAGUCAUGGAUAUUCUCGGAAUCGGAUGUCGGGAUAAAGAUGCAAAACAGAAAAUACGAGAGGUUUUCGGUGUUGACAGUCAGGCGGGCCAUAGAUUGUCCAGUAGGGGGCCAAGUGGGGGAGGCAGCUGGGUGGGGGACUGGGAGAUGGGGAUCAUCUUAAAGGUUAUUGAACAUGCUAACAUGGAAAUCAACCAACCAGACUUUGUAAGCAACGGGACUCUCACCCACAUUUGAAAAAUAUUCGUAACUGAAGGUACAU